AUCUCUUCAGGUCAAGUUGAAAUAACUUUGGAACUCAGACGCCCGACGGAUUUCUUGGUUUUCCACGCAAAAAACUUGACCAUCACCACAUUGUCACUCUUCACUAUGGUACAAACAUCUGCCGUAGGUGAAGCUGGACAAAUGGGGAAGAAAGUGUAUGCUUCUGAAAAGGAUAUCGUCAUGGUGCCGAAAAAUGAACAGGUUUUCCUGCAAACAGCGACAUCUGUAAAUGACCAAUGCAACCUCACACUGAAGAUGAGUUUCCAGGGUCAUUUGUCAGACGGUUUGGAAGGACUGUACUUGUCCAAGUAUAAAAAUGGCGAUGGAGCAGUCAGUAACAUCGUGAGCACCCACUUCGAACCAAGCUCGGCAAGACUAGCAUUUCCAUGUUGGGACGAACCUGAAUUCAAGGCUAAAUUUACAAUCUCAGUGGUUCGACCCAAGGGUUUAAUAUCUUUGUCGAAUAUGCCCUUGAAGAAAACUGAAGAUCUUCAGUUCUACCAACCAGGAACGGAAAGGGACGAUUUCAUGACUUCAGUGCCGAUGAGCACCUACUUGGUCGCCAUUGCUGUGUGUGACUAUGUGUAUUUACGAAGCACCACAGCAAAAGGCGUGAAAAUCAGCCUUUACGCGCCAGCAGAACAAGUUUCUAGAGGAGGUUUGGCUCUGAACACUGCCUUGCAAGUUCUGACUUACUACGAAGAAUUUUUCGGGGUUUCUUAUCCCCUGCCGAAACUAGAUAUGAUUGCAAUUCCGGGGUUCUCAGCGGGAGCAAUGGAAAACUGGGGACUCGUCACUUAUCGAAUGACGUCAUUGUUGGCAGAUGACGCUGUUUCUUCCGAGAGACAAAAGCAAAUUGUUGUUCAAACUGUCGCUCACGAACUUGCUCACCAGUGGUUCGGUAACCUGGUGACCAUGAAGUGGUGGAACGACUUGUGGCUCAAUGAAGGAUUCGCCUCUUGGGUCGAAGUGUUGGGCGCCAAAGUUUCCAACCCGGACUGGGCUAUCACAGAUCAGUUUUACUACGAUAAAGUGACCUCGGGGCUUUGGUUGGAUUCCUUGCAAUCUUCACACCCGGUUUCACCUCCGGAGAUUUCGUCGGUGGAUGAAUCCAAUUCACUGUUUGAUGAGAUCUCUUACAACAAAGGACCUGCUUUGUUGCAAAUGGUGGCAGACGUGAUAGGGUUACCAACGCUGAGACUGGGACUAAAAACUUAUUUGAAGACUCACAGGUAUGAAAAUGCUGACACCAAGGAUUUAUGGGCUGCUGUGGGAUCAUUCACUGAUUUUGGAGCAGAAGGAAUGAAGAACUUCAUGAACAGUUGGGUGGAUAAGCAGGGCUAUCCACUCAUAGAACUUAGUAUGGACGAUGGGGAAUUGAUUGCCAGACAGAGAAGGUACAGCAAUUCAAGAACACCCCCAUGUCCGGGUCCAGCGGAAGCACAUCUUUCAAAUUCUCCUUGCUCGGAUAUUUGGAACCUGAGGCUGACUUGCCUAGUUGGUGGCAGAGAUGGCGCUGCGUCGAUUGACGAUUCGCCGUCGAGUUUCGACACUUUGGACAAGGCGUCGUUGUUCAGCGACGCAUUCGCACUCACAUGAAUGCUUCGGGCUAAAAUCAUGGAGACGAGUGUGAUGAUCGAAAUGAAUGCAGCUGUGGAAACUGGGGUUGAUCUGUUCAAGUCCUGGAAAGUUUCCAUCGAAGACUACAUCAAACAUGCGAGACCCGGAGAAACGUCAAUGAAAAAGAGACUUCCACCGGAUCUGAGGCUUUCAGUCUACAUCGCUGGUGUUCGUUAUCUGGGAAAAGAUGCGUUUGAUUUAUGCCUCAAGGUUUACAAACGUUGCAAUAAUCCUGUCCAACGACAAGACCUUCUCAUCGCCAUGACCAAGACCAGGAACAUUGCUCAACUGGAAUGGCUUUUGCAACAGCUGAACAACAGAGACCUGAUUGCCCUGCAAGAUGUCCGCACUGUGUUUGUCGGGAUUGCCAGGAACCCAGCUGGCAUGUUCCUGGCUUGGCGUCACAUGCAAAAGCAUUGGGAGACGAUGUAUGACGAGUUGUCGGGCUCAGCCCUUGGCGGGAUGCUCGUCGAGGUCUUGUCUCAGUUCAACAACAAGUUUGACAUCAAUCAGGCCGAGAAUUUCUUCAACGGACGACGGAUGAAGAAAGUGAUUCGGAAUUAUAACCAGGGACUGGAAAUGGCGUAUUUGAAUGUGUGGUGGCUGGAAACCCACGGGGAGGAGUUGAAGAACUGGCUGGAGGACAGCGAACCCGCGAAACCCGUUUCGUUUUGAUUUUCUUUUAAUUUCUGCAUCAUGGGUGCUGCUGGUUAUGGCAUUCCAGUUUUUAUUCCAAUAUGCUUUUGAUUUGUUAUCAUCAUUAUUUUUUCGAGAUUGAGGAGUAUUCGUGCUUAGCAAAAAAUUUGACGAAGAUGGAAGAAAUGCAGAUGAUGAGUUACUGCAUGAACAA